AUGGCCGAGGACACUCGCGUUUUCGAAAGGCGCUUCACUGUCAAGACUUUAGCAAUUUCUCCUAUUCAAUUCAAUUCACACGAAGCGUUCACUGCGAAGUCUUUCAGUCACAAAAAUUGCUGCCGAUUCACGCCGCGCUCGGGUUGCGCUGCCCCGCUGGCCCUUUUCCGAAUGAAGACAACGCCCGAUGCGACGCCGUCGAGAGACGACGAGACGACGCGUUCUUCUGCGGAUCCCGAGGAAGCGCUAAACCGAGACGAGGAGGAAGAAGUUUUCGGAGGAGACGUAGCAGCAGUAGCGGCAGCAGCGGAAUCCUCAGCAAUGGUGGAGAGUGACAAGGCAAUACCAUUGCAAGCGGAAGAGGCCGACGUCGGAGACGUCAAUCCACAAGAAGCCUCGACGCCGGAAACCGAAGUCGACCCGUCAAUGGUGGAUUUCCGUGUGACGGUUCAUGACGAUACCCAACCAACAAACAACGGAUAUGCCGAGGACAAUUCCAAAAAUAGUAACGACGGUGCCAACGGGGCGUUCCAUUCCACGACCCUCGCCCAGGGUGCGGGGCAUCUCUCCGCAACGAACUCCAAUCCCGAACCGUCCCAGCGGAUGGCUGUUUCCCGCAAGCGCCGACGCAAGUAUCGCCACAGUCGCAGUGCUGCCGUACGGAACGAAUCGACGCGGACCCGACGGGGACUCUCGUUGCCACGGAAUCAAUACGAAUGCGUCUUGUGUCGACGCGCCAUUCGGAAAGAAGAAGACAACAAUGACAACAACAGCUUCGCUACAGAUCAACUUCACGUCAACAACCAUCCAUCCAACGAUCCGAUUGAGGGACAGCACUUGCACGACAUGGAGGUUUACGGGGAUACUUCCCUUGGUAUGAAACUCAGUGUGGUGCGGGGAAAGGUUAUUGUGCAAACACUGAACGCACUCGCAGACGGUCGGGCAUCACCGGCGCAAUUGACCGGCAAGGUCCAACGCGGCGAUGUGCUGCUGGCAAUCAACGGGGUUAGCCUCGUUUCGUUACCAAUCGACCAACUCAUGCAAGGACUAGGGCCGCUCAGUACCCCUCAUCCCGUAACGGGAGAGUUUGAACGAAAUUUGCGGUUGCGAUUUGCGGCCGCCGAAGGUUUAACAAUACUACAGCAACACGAAAAGGUCAAUCACGUGGGCGGAGAUACCAACGGUUCACCGAUAGACCCUGCCAGCGACGUCUUUUCCCUCUUUCCAAUGGUUGAUCAAUUGAGCGGAACCCCCUUGUUUGAUGACGAGCCUCUGAUGCUACCGACGCUCAAAAAGCAGAGAGACAGGAUUCCGCUCCGUGAUAAUGCAACAGAACAGGCCAAUGCUUUGUCGGUGAUCGACCGUUCGUCCACUGAAGCCACAAUCGCCACGCCGAAGAAGUUGUUGCCACUGAUUGAGACAAUUUCCAGGCAACUGGCGGACUAUCGCACCCAAGAUCGCGAUACCUUCUGCAGCGAAUUCUUUGAAUGGAAUGCAGAUGCCCCGAAACUCUUACGGGAAUCAAAGCCGGAAGAACCUACCGAAGUGUUUACUGUUGUGCACGACGAAAGUGACAGUGAAGACGAAAGCACGCCAGAGAAAACGAAAACGGUGACCGAACGACUCGCACUAGGGCGGCGGGCGAGGCGGGGCGCGAGGGCCCUCAGCUAUAGUGCCGAGCAAAUUGAUAGGGGGGACGAUGUUCGAUCCUUUCGAUCCUGGAAUACCACACUUAGUUUGUACAGUCGUGCGAGUACACGGCGGAGGUACGUUUUGGACCCGGACUCAGCGUUGCCGGUACACUUUGACACCGUACAAGAGGAAGAAGAAGAAGAUGGCGACAGCACCGGCAAGGCCUCCGGAACGUCGGAUGACGAAGAACCGAUGGAUUCCGACGAAUUACUCCUACGGCUUGCUGCCCACGAUGAUAUUUGGCGGAAACAGGUGGUGGAAUUCUUAGAAAAGACAAUACACGAUCCCAGCGAGAACGAACACAAAGACGCGUCAAGUCUGGCAAAAGAGGAAGUAGUGAACGGGGAUACCCCGGGCAUUGACGAUGUUUUGUCACGAGAACUCGGAAAUUUUUUGUUUGGCGAAAACAUGACGAAAGUACUAGCAAAAAACAAGAAGCCCCAGGCACUGCCUCCGGAAGAAAUCACUGCAGUGCUUUUUGAUUUGACCACCAAGGUAUCGUCCACCGUUCCGGACGAAAUUACCGCUGCUGGAUCGUACUUGAGUUUUCGAUCGCGUUUGGUCCCCUUUACUGGUAUGAAACGGCCGACUCCUGGAAGCGAUGCCAUGCUUGCUACUCGCUUUCUCUUGGACGAUGCUUUACCAGUUUGGCUCAAGUCUUACAGACCUCUGCCAUGGGACCAAAGGCGAGUCUUGUGGCCAUUGGAUAUGCAAACGUCGACGGCAGAGUCUUCAAUGGCCGCCAGUGUCAUGUCGGAUGAUCUUACUCUAGAUAGUAUGAGUACAAGUCAAUACUCGCCUCGACAGCACAAACAGAAGAAUCUUCGAGAACAGAUUGAAGACCAGGAACUGAACAUAGAGUCCAGAGCUGAGACAUGCUUCUUGGCAACGUUCUAUUUCACUCAAAAGCUGUUACCAGAAUUGCUACACAAGCAAGCAAAGGCUAAGGACGCAUUAGACGGAUGCUUGUUUGAGGAUCUCACAUCGUUCGUCGAAAGAUAUGGAUCAUACCUUAAAAUGCAUACAUGUUUGGCGUACGCGGCAGUCGUCAGAGCAGACACUGUUAUAUCCAGACUUCUUGAAGUCGCAAAGCAUGACCCUCGACACAAACAAGCAAUGAAACAGUUGUCAAAGGCGCACUCUCUUACGUUCUAUGAACCGACUAUGCUUUCGGCAAUUCUUCAAAAAUUGCACGAGCUCAAAAACGGUUCCAUCCAAGCCGAACGCCAACUAGCAUUGAUAGACUUAUGUGUAUCGGCUUUUCCGGACGUUCGUCCUUGGCAAGUUCGCAAAGCAUGUAUAGACGGAAAGAACUCUCUGCAGGAGCUUCAGCCACUCUACUAUACGUAUCUUUCCCUCCUUCUACACCCCACUGAUGGUCACGACAAUGCACGAAAUGAUGGUGUUUUAGUGAAGGAAUGGUGCGAGCUAUCCACCACCAGCAUGGAAGAUGGCACAUUAGAUGGCGAUAAACGCACCAACUUUAUGUACGUAGCUUCGCGCAAUUCCAGUGACCACCUGGCCUAUCAGCGAGACUUAGUAUUCCUAGCCAAGCUCGCGAUGAAAAUUGACGAGGAAAACCUCGUUUUCGACUUGGCGACGGAAAUUUUGGACGAUCACAAGCUGUCCCGAGACCAGACGACUCUACGGCUAGUGCUCUCUUUUCUUCGCACUAUCGGGUUUAAAGCGCUGGAGGCAGAGAGUAGCGAAUUCCGAAUCGCAACCCAUCCUCUUCGUCGCAUUUUGCGUCUAUUCCGAAAGGCGGCGAACAAGAGUUCUCUCAUCAUUCGUCAGUGCUUUCAUGUGCCGACGGAGCUUCAGCGUUUACUGGAAUACCGUGUCCAACAAUCCAGACAAGUCGAUUUUGGCACUGUUUUACCGCUGAUCGACUUUUUGGCCAGUGAGGCCGUGCCGACCGAUGUCUUGGAGGCAUUGGUGACGACCACGAGCCCUAUUGAUUUUGGAGAGCAGCUGUACUCCACCUUGCAAACAUGUUUGCGUCGAGCGGCACAAGGUUCGCUGAGUAGUGAGUUGUCUGGUUCGUUGCUACGACUACGGAAGGCUCGGCAGUUUGUUAACGUCGAAAGGCAGUCCGACGAGGGAGGCUUUGCCCUUAUGGGACAAAGCGUUUGGAAAAAUAUGUCAAAAGGAUUGUUGACUGUGAACAAGUAG